GGCCAGCAGCUAGCUAGCCAUGCUAGCAUAUACUAGCCUGCUAGGCUGAGGCGCUGAGGCUGCUAGGAGCAUGGGAUUGCACGGUCCGUGAUCGGUGUGCGCGCGCGUAGAAUACGCGGUAUGUGCGAACAUUUUGCUUCUCGCCGCGAUCGCCUCGAUCGGCAGGAGGGCUGGAGAUUCUCUCGCGCCUUCCGCGCCUUCCGCGCCUUCCGCAAGCCGCAAGCUCGCAGGCCUUUCGAACAGCUGAGCCUCGCAUCAUUCACAUACGGCAUUCAUCCUGGCCACACCUCGAGCUCUCCGGCACAUCGGCAUGCUUCUGUGAUCAGCAUGGGAGGUGGCAUGAUCGGUCCUGUUACACGCCCCUCGCCGGCCUCGCCCCAGCCGCUCCGAGCCGCUCCUCGACCCACACAAUGUCCAACACCGCGGAACUGUUAAUCCUCGAGCGCCGGACGCCAUACUACGAGCC